CACCUCAUUUCACAACACACAGCUCUUUCCUCAUCUCUAUAAUCUCUUACAUUUCAUUCAUUCGUUUCAAUCUUUUCUUCAAGCUUCUUAUUCCCAAAUGGCCAGUGUUGAUGUUGAGGUUCAAUCAGCUGCCGCAAAAUUGGUAGAGAACGAGACUACACCACCAGAGAUAACCAAGGUUGAGGAGAAAACACCGAAAGACGAGCCAACCGCUGCACCCGUCGUGGACGAGGUGGUGACGACAUCAGAUGCUCCGCCAGCUGUGGAGGAAAGCACGGCUCCCGAAGCCGAUACCAAAGAAGUUGUAGAAGAAGAAACCAAGGUUGAAGAGGAAGCUAAGCCAGCACAAGAGGAGACAAAGGAAGAGACACCCGAGGUGAAGCCUGAAGCAGUUACGGAGGAGGCCAAAGUCGAGACUACAAAAGAACCGGCUGAUACUUCAGCAGGAGAGGAGAAACAGGCUGAGGAAAAGGGUGAAGAAGUUCCCGUUGAGAAAGUUGAGGAAUAGAGCGACCAUUUUGCGAAAGGUGGCAUAGUUUAAAAGGAGUUUCUUUUUUAUAGCUUGCAUGGAAUAUGUUGGUAUAGUCAUCGUAUCAAUUAUAAUAACUAUGUAGUAUGUGGGACGAUUAUAGUUUUCCUUUUGUUAUUGUCUUUUUCUCUUUCUUUGGGGUUUGAUGUUAGUAUUAAACGUGCCAUUCCAUGUUGGGGGAAGAAACCAGGGGUUUUACAUAUUGAGUGGUAUGGAUGUAUGUAUGGAGACAUUGUUUUGGUUCCGAAUUAUGAUGAGUGAUAUUUUGUGUGAUGAGAUGAGAUGUUUAUCUCUA